AUGUCUGGGCGCCAAAAUGAAUACUUCAUCCCUGGAGAUGGUAUUAGCCGGGAAGUCAUUCAAGCAGACAUUUGUCGUUACCUUGGAAAUGAUGCGCUCGUAAGACCUGGAAAUCACAAUGGCUGUCAAGGCUAUUUCAUCCGUGCUUAUCGGAAUCUCACAUCUGAAAUGAUUGCUGAUCUCAAAGCGGACUCUUCUCGCUGGGAGGCAGAUGUAAUGCGUCGGACAGAUCAAGGCCACCCGCGGGGUCACUACUACCAUAAUGAUUACCAUGUGCAAGAAUAUCCCAUACCUCACCAAGGACCUAAUGUGCUUCCGACACCAUAUGGGCAUGGUGCCUCUGCUCCUCCAACUAGUUAUGGUACCUCUGUUCCUCCGGCGCCAAGUUAUGGUACUUCUGUUCCUCCGGCAAGCUAUGGUACAUCUGCGCCAAUUCAGGAGGCGCGCUCGUCAACUGGACCAUCACCACCUCCCACCUACAGUGCUCCUCCACCUCAGCAAUACAUGGACUCGUAUGCUACAAACCCAUACGGGCAGGCGCAGAGUCCUCCUUAUUCCACACAUUCCACUCCGACGUCGUAUCCUGCCACCCACUCCACCCAUUCCGUUCACUCCACUCACUCACAUUCGCCUUUCACAUCUGGUCAGAAUCAGUUCCCUUCGCAGCAGCAAAUGCCGCCCUUCACCACAUCGGCUCAGCCUGCAGUUUCUGCUGAUAUCCACCCAUCAUACAAGUAUAUAAGCUCCGGCUAUGGCUAUGAUGGUGGUUGGAACAAUGCUCCCAGGACAUAUUCCGGGCCUGGCUAUGAAACCGAGUCGGAGUAUUCCCCUGUGUCCACUGGAGUGAACUAUCCGGCUACCACAGCCGCAGAUCCACGCGUGCCUGGAAUGGGAUUAAGAUACACUCCAGAGUCGACAUAUUCGGACCGCAAUAGGCCACAGCCAGCAAGAGAUAACCGUGCCCGGUAA